AUGGGGUCAUGCCCCGGUCACUCCUCUGAGCCGCCUGUGGUCACGUUGCCCAGUGUCGCUGCCAGUCCCUGCCCUGACACCAUCUGUGGUGGGACUGCAGUGCUGACACAGAGGGAUACCUCUUCCCAGGACAGAAUCAUCAAUCUAGCUGUUGGUGGCUUAACGUCCUUGCUGCUCAUAGUCACUCUAAUCAGUGCUUUUGUCUUCCCGCAACUACCUCCAAAACCUGUGAAUGUAUUUUUUGCUUUCUGCAUCUCCUUGUGUUGCAUUUCUGCUGGCAUACUUAUCUAUUGGUAUCGACAAGGAGACCUGGAACCUAAAUUUAGGAACCUAAUUUACUAUAUAUUAUUUUCUAUUGUCAUGUUAUGUAUAUGUGCCAACCUGUACUUCCAUGAAGUGGGUAAAUAAUGGACAUUGGGAAUACCCAGCGAUGAUGCUGCUGUAUCAGACUGCUUCCAUCUCAGCUCUACUCGACACACUUAAGUGAGGACAAUCAGCCUGAGAGGAAAGAAGUGGGUUGUGCAAGGAUAAAUCAGUACAUGAUUUUCAUGUAAAUGUACAUGUAAUGUCCCUCUUGUUGGGGAGAAUUAUUGCCAUAAGAUGUGACAUGCUGCUUUUUUUUGAAGAGCUACCGUUGCACUUAAUGAACAUUCCAGUUGUACUGAUGUUUCAGAACGGCACAAGCUUUUUCAUUUUGGAAAAAACUGCAUUUUUUUAUUACUGUACAAAUAAACUGCAGCAUUGCAAGGAUCUGUAGCAGUAUAAAUAAAUGGCAUCUUAC